GAGCGUGGAGGACGCGGAGGUACAUGGCAAGGCCCGCGAAGAUGCAGACCCCCGUGGCACUCCUCGCCUCUCCGGCGCUGUUCCGCUGCUGUUCCAGGGCUCUGGCCAGGCCAGUUUCUGUAUUCAGCAGGCCUGAGAUUCAGACGGUACAGCCCUCUGGUGCUUCCCAUCUACAGCUGGCCUGCCGGGAGUUCCAAACCAGCACCAUUUCCAGGGAUAUUGAUACUGCUGCUAAGUUCAUUGGUGCUGGUGCUGCCACAGUUGGAGUGGCUGGCUCAGGAGCAGGUAUUGGAACCGUGUUUGGCAGCUUGAUCAUUGGCUAUGCCAGGAAUCCCUCUCUCAAGCAGCAACUUUUCUCUUAUGCCAUUCUGGGUUUUGCCCUGUCUGAGGCUAUGGGGCUCUUCUGUUUGAUGGUGGCAUUCCUCAUCCUGUUUGCUAUGUGACAGCUUCUGAGCCUGAUUGUGGCUCUGUGUCCUCUACAGUUUGAAUCCACCUCCUUUAUCAGAGGGUUCCAGACUUAUGAUUAAACAAAAUCUUUCUCUAAACAAAA